GCUACAUUUUUACUCGCCGUUCUUCACUUUGCGCCUUUCGACCACUCCAUCCAGAAACCCGCCCAGUAUGCCGCGGAAGUCCUCCGCUGCCCACGAUAGCGACGUAAGUGGCCCGUACUACAGGGAACCCGUCGCUCACCGCUCGCCUCCCAAUCCAUCCCUGUUCCUCUCCUGGCCACUUGACUCACCCUGCUGACCUCACCAUGUUGACGUCAACCACCUUGCACUCGGUUCUCGCGACACGCCUUGCACCUGCUCACUACUGGUAUACCUCGUACCGCCUCUAUCAAUCACUGCAAUGCAUCGCGGUCACUACAGGACGAAGACAGCUCGCGCGCUGGUUCCGCCGCCCCAGAAGAAGGGGCCAAGGGAUCCUCGUACGCUUGCCAUUGACAGGUCAAGAUCAGCGCUGAAUCUUCGUCAGGUCGAGCCAGGUGAGAAAGGCUCAGAAUAGGAUCGCUCAGCGAGAGUUCCGUCUACGAAAACAGCAAUAUAUUCGCGAUCUGGAAGCCAAAGUGCAGGUGCUCGAGGCCAACAAGGAGGAGCGAGUGGGGCUUAUGACGCUGCUCGUGAGGAAUCUGCUCAAGGAGAAUAAGGAUCUCAGAGGGAUGGUACGCUCAAUGGCUUCUUUCGUCGGCGAGGGCCUUGGCUCUUGCCUCCCCAGACUUGGCCUCACGGCGGACCAACUUGAUGCCGUCGUCAAUCGCGCCGACACCGACACGGCCUAUGAAGCCUUCCUGAACCUUAAAGCCACGCGUGAAAUGCAAGAUGCAAACCCCGGCAUCAAGCUGGGCGAGCUACGCCGUCGGUCCACAGCUGCUGGCAAGCGUAAACGUACGGCCGAGACCGAGACGCCCUCUGCUGCUGGGGACGAAGAUCAGAUGCCGGUUGCUGGGCCGUCGAGCGCGAGUAAAGACAAGGGGAAGGCGCCGCAGAGUGAGGGGGCAAAGAGGACAAAGAGCGGGGAUAGUCCAUUCAUCUCGGACGAGUACACCUAUCUCUUCCCCGACCUGGACGGAAUGUUCAUGACGUCUGAAUUCGACCUCACAUCACAGUCCAAUAUGGAACGUCCGAGCGCGAACCCGCCGCCCGGCCAGCCAAGAGCAGAUCAAGGCUACCCAAGACAAGUAGCAGAUCGUCCACAAACAAAUGGAUACGGUGGACCCUCAACCUAUCCAACCGAUAUCGAUAGUGGCUUUGGUCUGACCCUUCCGCCAUCCACCUUGGGAGCACCCGACUUGGGUGCCGCUACUGGACAAAAUCCCUCUUCCCCUUAUCCCUCUGCACCGCCGAUGCACCAGUCCCAGGCUCAUCCCCCCUUGGUCACCGACUUUGCAAGCACCUGCCCCCCGCCCCCCUUUCACGCACCUCCGAGACCCCACUCCCAACCGCCCUCUCUCAACCGCACGCCUCCGCUACAGAUGCCCGAUCGCGAGACGCCAGCUCAGGCCGUAGCUCGACUCGUACCGUCAGGCCGCAAUGAUUUCGGGGUACCAGGCAUGUCGCAGGAAGAGCUAGAGGGUAGAAAGAAGGCUCAGGACCAGAUAGUCAAGUCCAUCGAGGAGAGUGACGCGGCAGACAGAAAGCUGGAGGCCAUGCAGUUGAUCACGUAUCAUCUGAACAACUUCCGCAUGAACCACGAAUAUCACCUUCCCCCUUCGCUGCGUCCCACUGUCAUUCAACGUACAGUGCCACACGAGCAUGCGAUUGAUGGAAUCUGCUUCCCAUCCAUGAGAGAUAGGAUGAUCUUGUUGCGCGGAAGAUAUGACUUGGUGGAAGUCUUCCAUGCCUUGCUAUCAGAGUUCACUCUGCACGGCGAUGAUGUACUGGACCAUCGUAGCUAUGAAAUCUCGGAAAAGUUUGUUCGUCAGUUCACUAUACUGGUGGAUGAUGUCGCGGUGGACAUUAGCAACAAGUGGCGAGCCAUUCGAGGCGAGCCGCCUAUUGAAUGGCCGCUCAGGAAUGAGAAUGGGCAAGUCUCCGAGCAACCGCCUUCGAAUUGACAGAUGUCGCUGUAAUGCGAGCAUGUCAUUGUGAUAGAACCAGAAACACCAAUUAUCCACAACUACUGUAAUAUUAUCAGCUCUUGACAUGCAUGCUUUAUGGAUGCA